AUUUGUCUUACUCUUAUCUCCGUCUCUGUGUCUCCGCACUUGUUGCAACGAUCUGUACUGCCACGGCACGGCACAAUAACUGUAGACAGUAGUAGCGUUUGUGGUUGGUUCGAAACUCGUGUGUAGAUAACGCUAACGCUAACCAAAUGCUUGUCUGUGCAGUUCUCACUCACACUCCUCCGCACAAACUCACUCUCUGCCUCUCCAAUCCCAAACCCAUCCGAUUUUCCUCAAAUUCCGUGACCCUCCCCCACACCACCGCCCCCUCCUGCUUCCUCCAAACCCUCAACGCCACCCCUACCUCCGACUCCGAUGACGGCCUCCGCCUCACCGUCUCUUCCGCCGCCGCACUCGCCUCCUCCAUCCGCCAAGCUUCCAACUCCUCCGUCGAGUUCACCCAGCGCCUCGAGAAGGACCGCCAGAGCGGACUCGUGCUUCCCAGCACCGACUUCCACCGCCUCUGCCUCCACCAGCUCCACCUCUUGCGCAGGAUCGUUCCCCAAGCCCUCCUCUCGGUGUAUGUUAGACCAGCCGGUAGUUAUGUGAUGGACCGAUUGGAACUGAGGCGGGUUGCCCUGUACCCUGGAGAUGCAGAAUCAGAGGCAGAGGGCAUUGUCAUUCUUGUGGGCCAUUUUAAUAUUCCUGCAGGCUUGCGUGCUGCUGAGGCAACGCUUUCCAAUAUGCAAGUUAAUGUUGUCCCUGAAUGUAAGGCUGUGGUUCUUCCGAUGGUGAAGCACCCAUUUGUUGUUGGUUUCUUGGUUGCCGAGCUUCCAUUGGUGGAGCCGGAACAGUGUCAGAAACCUCAAAGUGAUGGGCCAGAUAACCACAUGUCUGUUGAGGAACCUUAUUCUUUGCCUCCCUUUAUGGAUUUAGACAAGAAGUCGAGGGAAAUUCAGACUCUUCCCAUCAAGGAUGAAGCAGUUGAUAUGCAUAACUUCACUUCUGAGCAAAGAUCAAAUGCUGUCAACAUUUCACAGUCUCUAGCCAUGGCAUAUGUCAUGGAUCAGAAAGCAAUGUUACUUCAGCAAUCAACAUGGCAAAAUAAUGUCAGGAUGGGCAAUUUGGUUGAGCAAAUCCGUGGUCCACUUUCAAGUAUUCAAACCUUGAGUAAAAUCCUGUCUACGCAGACAAAGAGAACCCAGAUUUCAUAUGACAUUGUUGAAGACCUCUUGGUGCAAGGUGAUCGACUGAGGGAUGUUUUCCAACAACUCCAGGAUGCCGUUUAUUUGACGAAGACUAAUAUAGUCCGCUACAAUGAAGAAGCUAUCAAGAAAAUGAAUGGUUCUACUCACAUACUUGCUGAAUCAGCAAGAUCUCAAUUAUUGGAUAACUCUCCAGGGGAUGGCUCUGCAAACAAAAUGAAAAAAUCUAGCGAGUCUCUUUCUCUAAGUGCUGCUGUCCAGGAUAUAGAGAUGCCGUUACCACCUUUGGCUCUUGCUCCAUUGCAACAUGGAAUCAGACCAUGCAAUGUUUCUGAAGUAUUGGCAGACCUGGUUGAUUCUGUGAGGCCUCUUGCACAGAGUCAAAAACGUGUAGUAGAACUAAGUGAACUCUCAUCACCUUUGCUAGCUGCUGUAGAGGAACCUGCGUUGCGCCAGGCUUUCAGCAAUCUUAUUGAAGGUGCUUUACUACGCACACAUGUUGGAGGAAAGGUUGAAAUUGUAUCUACUACUGCACCCGCUGGUGGUACCCUUGUACUUAUUGAUGAUGAUGGACCUGAUAUGCACUAUAUGACUCAGAUGCACUCACUCACACCUUAUGGACAAGAACUGUUGUCUGAUGAUAUGAUCGAAGACAAUAUGACUUGGAACUUUGUUGCUGGGCUGACUGUUGCCCGUGAGAUACUAGAGAGCUAUGGCUGUGUCGUUCGCAUUGUUUCACCUCGGAUUAAAGAUGCUCCACUUGGGGCUGGGGGAACUCGUGUGGAACUCUGGCUUCCUUCGUCAAUUGUACAAUCUGAUUUGAGCAGCCACGCCCAAGAGGUAUAGCAUAGCAUGAAUUUGAAGUUCCCAUUGAAGAUAAAUACAUUCUUUCUAUACAAUUCUACAUUGUUGCACUUGGCCAGUUUAAGAUUGUGAAAUUAAGGGGUGGUAAAUAUUACUAGUAUAAGUAUCCGCUUCUGUAUAUAGCUCGUAAAAUUUCCUGGGUACAGACUUUAAUUUUGACUUACUUGUGUGUCAUAUUAUAUAAACAAGUUCUUUUAACAUAACAGACGGUGUAUGCAUAUUAGACCACAGGAAGACUAUUUGGGUUUAUAAGAAACCACGUAUCUGAAGCUUCUUUUUCUGUA